AGUAUAUAAACCUUCAAGUUCAAUACUAGUUUGGAGUUCGGGGGAGCGUUUUCUCUUCUAUUUAUUUCCAACAACGUUGCACAAUAUUACCACCAGUAUAUUCAUCAGUUGAAAGUGUGGAAAGAGAGCCCGAGUCGGUUCAGAGAUUUUCUCACUUUUCUUUUUCUUGGUUGAUGCCAAAGGAAGCGCGUUUGUUGAACGAAAACGAUGCUCCCCAGACGAAUGUACUGCAGGGAAGUGACCAACACUGGUCAUUCCAUCAUGGUAAUCGCUUCGCUACUGGUCACUUGUGCCAUCUUCGUGGGGGCUACCACCGGCAUCCUAGAAGAUGAGACGAAGAAUCUGCAGCCCUGCCCGUUCAACUUGCUGUGUCGAUGCUCGAGAGGAGGACCUGAAGUAGGAUUGAUUUAUUGUGAGGAUAUUCCUUUGGCCAACGUCCCGGUGGGAAUCAACAACACCAAAGCUUUCGCCCUCAAUCUCAGACGCAAUGGGCUUCGCAGAGUAGAAGAAAAUGCAUUCCAUCGAACAGGCUUGUGGCGGAUAGAUAUUCGCAAUAAUCAUUUGUACAGUGUCCCGGAGAUGGCUUUUGCCGGUCUCGAACGUUCACUGGGAGAACUGUACUUGCCAUUCAACCGCUUGCAACGCGUGCCGCAAAAGGCUUUACAGAACUUGGAGAAAUUGAAAGUACUGGAUCUUGGGGCCAAUCUCAUCGUCGAAGUGAAUCGCGAAGAUUUUUCUGGCGUAGAAGAUUCACUCCAGCAUUUGUCACUGGCCGAUAAUUAUCUGGUUACACUGCAGCUGGAGUCCUUCACCGGCUUUCAGCGGCUCGAACGUCUCGACUUACGCGGAAAUAGCAUUCUCACUGUUGCUCCACUCGGUAGUAGUGGCACCUUAAAGCUCUCUCAUCUCAAUCUAGCCGACAAUGCUCUCGAGCAUAUUCCUUUCAUCAGUUUGGCACAGAUGAGAUCCCUUAAUACCAUCAAUCUUGCCAACAAUCGCAUCAGCACCACAUUCGACGUCUUCUUCCAAGGUCGCAUCUCCAUCGACACACUUAUUCUUGACAACAACAUGAUCGGCAACUUACCUCCGUUCGCGUUUCAAAAUUUCAAUCUCAUUAACAAGACUUCGCUUAACGGCAACUUGAUCAGAGAAAUUGCAGAGGAUGCCUUCAAAGAUGCCAAAAUUCGAGACUUGAGUCUUAGUGACUGCUCCGUUCACGGCGUCGACGCGAGAUCCUUCCGUGGGCUAGAAUCUUCAUUGCAGCGACUCGAUCUGAGUUACAACAACCUAAGCACACUGCCCGAAAACUUACUCGACAAAUUCGACUUUUUGAAAGCGCUCAUUUUGAAUGACAAUCCGCUUACUUUCAAAGCUGAGGAAGUUCUCAGCGGAUUUCGUUACACCUUGCAAACAAUCAAUCUGGUUGGAGAAAAAAUGGGUCAGAUACCCGUCAAGCAAAUGAACGACAUCCGCAACUUACGGUCGCUGGGUUUGAGUUCGUUGAAUGACCGCGUCUCCAUUGGUGACUUUGAAGGCUUCGGCGCUGCCCUAGAACAUUUGAGUUUGUCGAAAAACAAACUGAAGACUAUUUCGUCUAAUUCUUUCCGACACGUACCAGGUCUCAAGGUUUUAGAUCUGUCCGAAAAUCGCAUUUCUCAGAUCGAAGCGGACGCUUUUGCAGAUGUGGGGACAUCUCUCACUCAUCUCCAUUUGACGAAUGGUAUCGGAGUUGGAACUUUGUCAUCAGAUCCGUUCAAAAAACUCAUCGCUCUUCAGUCAAUCGAUCUUAGCAACAAUCGCAUUACUAAUCUGCCGGACGACUUUUUCCAUUCCAUGAAAGAAAUUCGAUCCAUCAACCUGCAAGAUAACUCAAUAGAGAAAGUUCCACAACAAAUGUUCGAUAAUGAGCAUACACCAAACUUGGUUAACAUCUCCUUGAACUUUAAUUUUAUCAACGCUAUUGAAGCGCAAACAUUUUCUGACUUGCCGCAUUUGAAAAUUUUGAAUCUUGAAGACAAUAAGAUCAACCGCAUUGCCAAGGGAGCAUUUCAAAAUAUCGAAAGUCUGGAGUACAUUUCACUAGAAGGAAAUAUGAUUAACACUAUCGAAGCAGAAGCUUUUCACAAUUUGCCCAAGUUAGAAACCCUCAAUCUCGGUCAUAACAACUUGGAAAAGUUGUCAUUUGACUGGUUGGAUCAGGUUGGCACAUUGUCUGCUAUCAAACUUGAUGUCAGUCACAAUCUUAUUCAGCAGCUGUCUUCGAAUCGGACAGGAUGGUCGUCAUAUUCUAGCAUCCGUUCCCUGGAUUUGGGUUAUAAUAACAUAUCUUUCAUUUCCCGCAAUUACUUUGAGCCUAUCCGCAGCUCAUUGACUCACUUAGUCCUGCAGCACAAUCAACUUCGAAAUAUUUCCAGAGAUGUAUAUAGUGAUAUGCAGCAUUUACUAUGGCUGGAUAUCUCAGACAACAAUAUCCAACUGGUUGAUUCAGAUGCUUUUGCUAAUGCAAAGAGUCUCCAAGUACUUUUACUUGACCACAAUGAUAUUAGUGAAAUAUAUCAAGACAUGUUGAGUCGUUCAUCGACGCUUCGUGUUAUCAAUAUUUCACACAAUAGGCUCCGAUUUUUGCCCGACACACUGUUUAAAGAUACUCAGCUGGAAAUCCUCGAUGUCUCACAUAAUCAGAUAAGCAAAAUCCCUGACGGAUGUCUCAGUCGCAUCGCUACUACUCUCCGACACCUUGAUGCUUCUCAUAAUGAAAUCACCUCAAUCACCCCAGAUCAGUUGAAGAAAUUAACUGACCUAGUAUAUUUGGACCUUUCCAACAACGCGAUUUCAACAUUGAGCGAGAAAACCUUUUCUUCACUGAACCGGUUAUCUUAUCUGGAUUUAAGCAGCAAUCCCAUUCAAACAGUUGCCGAUCACAUAUUCGAUAACCUCCUUCAAUCAUUGGUGCAUCUUAACUUGGCAGAUAUAGGAAGUAUAAAUCUCGGUGAUUUCCAUCUACCGGAGUUACUUUCACUCAACAUUUCUUACAAUACGGUGGAGAAUUUGCCCUCAGAUUUCUUUACUCGAUACGCCAAUCUCAAAGAUUUUGACAUAAGCUAUUGCCAGCUAACAGUACUGCCAGAAUCGCCAUGGUCCACAGCGUCAAAACUAAGAUCACUCAAUCUAAGUGGUAACAAUUUAACAGUUAUGGCAAAUGGAACACUAGCGAGCAUGAAAAGUCUGGAAUAUUUGAACAUUAAAAAUCUUCCACUGCAUACAUUUGAGGAGGGAAGCCUUUUCCAGAUGACCAAUCUUCGGCACUUGGCAAUUGGGACAUAUGAGAGAGUCAAGGGCAUGGAUAUUCCUAAACUUUUGGAUUUCAACCAUGCCAUCAAGCAUCUUGAAAUCGAUGUUGAAGCUGGAACAUUCGAAAAUCAGUUAAGAGGAAAGUUACCAUUUAAACUAGGUAAUAUUACAAUCAGUGGCAAUAAAUUAAAAACCAUUGGAGGCAACGCUCUUAAGGAUAUUCAAGGCAAAUCGUUGACUCUUACAUUGCGAGAUAACAGUGUAACAGAAUUGAGUAGGGCACUUUUCCAAAAUCUUGGCAAUGUUCGUUGGCUCCAACUCGACAUACGCCAUAAUAAAUUAUCAUCUGUGGCAGAGCCAUCAACCACUAUUCAUCCCGGAACCAGCGGUUCAGUUUUCCUAACUCAAUUACAUAUGGCGGACAACCCUUGGAGCUGUGACUGCAGCGUAGGAUGGGUGGAAUUUUGGAUGCGCAAAUGGCGUCAAUCAAUGUGUAAAGAUCGAUGCAGCAGCUAUCAAACCAUUAUCAGAGAUCUCCGUGCAGCAAGUUGCCGCAACAAAGGUGAAAAACCUUUCAUAACAGUACUGAAAAACGAUUUGGAAUGUGGCUGGUCCUCCUCAAGCACUGUUACCAGCAGUUGGUUCCAAUGGACCCUUGUUGUCGCCUUUGGCAUGGCAUUCGUUCAACAACUAAAAUCUUUUUAGCAUUGAAAUAUAAUUUUGGUUGUAAGCUUUGACUAUUUAAACUACCAACAAGCUUCUCAUGCCAAAGCGAACUAUUCAAUAAAUUAGCGGCGUUAAUAAUUCAUAUUUAAUAUGUUUUAACUGUGUGCCUGGCUAUCCACGAAAACACUUUAUCAUCUUUCCCUCUCUCAAACGGCACCAUGUUAUCAACCGAAAGCCUCUCUAGAUUUAUCUCAAAUAUGAAGCUCCUCGAAGUGGUUGUCACGUAUGCUUUUGGUUUUCAUGAUGAUAAAAUGAUUUUCGUGUAAAUGCUAAAAUGAUAAAUGGAGAAAUUCUACAAAAGGACGUAAGAAGACGCUGCUAGCGAUGAAAGGGAUUUGUUUUGUCUCGUUAUAAGAAGGCUUUGUUAGCUAACUUCCCAGUUAUUGUUCAAUUAUCCAAAUUAUUAUUUUGACUCAACCUUGUCCAAAGAUAAUAAAAAAGGAAUUAAGCCAUUAUUAUUAUUUCUGAUGGUGCAAACUGAAAAUACAGUACAAGUACCUCUA